AAUAGUAAGUUACCGUGACUCCAGGUAACACUGAAUUCCAGCCCAGUGUGUAGAUUCGCUCCUUGUUAUCUUCCAGUUGAGCAGUACACCGUCAGCGGGACUGAAGGAGCGGAGUGGAGGGGGUGGCAGCCAGGGAGCCUGAGGGAGGAGCGCUGCAGUCUGCCGCAGUGUGUGGCGAGGAGCCGGCCAGCACGCACCAUAUCCUGCACUCACCCCGUCGCCGCCACCUUCAGGCACUGCUCCCACGCCUAAUCGUGCCCCGCCAGUGUGCCGCUCAGUCCUGGCGUUCUUGCAGCCACCCCUAGCCUUGCCACGGCCGUCCCAGUGCACGUGCCGCCCUAUGCUCCAGGUGCUCCCCUACACCCAAACUUCCCCGGAGCAAGCAUGGGAACCUGAAGACGUGAGGACUCGAGGCUGAGAACAUAGAGAUCUAUAGAGAUCUUAGAGAUCUUAGAUCUUAGAGAUGGCAGCACCGGGGUGAGGCAUUACAGACACUGAGACACUCACCUGCCAGCAAGAUGCACCUGUUCCUCAAGACGCUGUACAUGCUGACGGUGAUGGUGACGACAGCGAUGAUGAUGGUGGUGGUGCUGCUCUCCACGCCUGACCUGCACGCUAGACUCACCACCAACGGCAUGUACCACCGCACCGACCUCGCCUACAGCCAGAUGGUCAUCCAGAGCCUAGAUAAUCCUGGCGUGUACGUGGCUGAGGUGACGAAUGACGUGCAGGAGGAGGACGAGGACGAGAGAGGGGAUGCAGAAGGGCACGGAGAGGAGGGAGACCACCAGAGGAGUCCCGUGAAGCGAGAGGCAGCUUGGGAUUACUCAGGAAACAAUACAGGACAUCUCAAGAUCCUGCUGGACUACGGCAGGCCGCAGCAUGAGCCGUGGCCGGGCAGGAUGGGUUGCUCCGGCCUCCGUGUUGGCUUCGCCCGCCGCCGCACUCUCCCCAGGACUGCCCUCGCCUCCUUCCCCGGCUCAGGCAACACGUGGCUCAGAUACCUGAUCCAGGGUGCCACGGGACUCUUCACCGGCUCCGUGUACUUGGAUCGAGAGCUUGCCACAAAGGGAUUUUACGGCGAGAACGAGACUCCAGAGUGUGGGUGUACAGUGGCGGUGAAAACCCACGGCUACUGCUUGGCGGGGCUGCCGGCGACCAGGGAAGAGCGCGUGAAGGAUAUCGAGCGGUUCUUCGGGCGUGGUCUUCUGCUGCUCCGAAAUCCCUACGACACCCUCAUCGCGUACCGCAACUACCUGAUGGCGGGACAUCUGGGCGUGGCGGGCCCGGACGCCUUCAGGGGGACAGAGUGGGAGCAGUUCGUGCGAGGCCAGACUGAGAUGUGGCGGACCUAUGCUCUGGACUGGCUGACGCAGGGCAGGAAUGUGUUGGUGGUGCACUACGAGAGGCUUCUGCAAGAUUCCAAACGGGAGAUUCUUCGCAUCCUUCACUUCCUGCGCGUGAGGCCCAACCAGAGACGGGUGAAAUGUACACUUCAGUACCUCGACGGAUCCUUCAGGAGGCCCACGCCCGACAACGUAUCUUAUAGGCUCCAAGACCCGUUCAGCCCGGCGCUACACGACGUGGUGGAGGCUGCAAUGAAGGAAGUAGACGCCACUUUAUUAAAACAAGGACGACCAUUACUACCUGAGAGUUUAUACAGCUACCACCACCAUCACCACCACCACUAUCACCACAGCCACCACCACCACCACCACAACACCUCGCAAUCUCACGACCACGUCAAGCAGCUCACGAGCCACAGGAACACGCAUGACAGGAGUGCCGUCAGUGGUCAGAAGGGCCGGUAUGGCGAGGGUACUGCUACCAGUGUUGCUGCGUCGAGGGGCGGCGAGAGUGACAGAGACCCUCGCUCGAAGGUCCUGCAGUUGAAUCCGUGGAUAAAGGGGCGUACUGACGAUGAAACACAGCCUCAUCACGCUCCCUUCACGCCCUUCGCACCCUUAACUCAUGCCCACACCACGCCCGCAGGAUCCACAAGCUUCUACCGAAAACAGAGACCGCAUUCUCAAACCUUUCAGCUUCUCAUCUCAACUAUUGCCAACAGACUGUAGUGGAGGUUAUUGAGGUUUUCGUGUUUGUUAAAUGUAGUUAAGAUGUUAUAGUGCUUGAGAAUUUGAGAAUGCCCUAACCUAACCUAAUCGUGUCAAUGUCUCUGUUCACGCUCUGUUGCAUCGGCCGCUAUUCUAUGUAAUCCAGACUCCUGUACACUCCCGCCCUACGCAUUCCUCACCCUUAUCCUGCCUCAUAUCCCUUACCUGUCCCUUUUCUGUAACCCACACCCCCGUAAGUUAACACACUUUUCAAGCAGUCCUUCAAGUCUCACUUCUACUCACACAUACUACACCCAGCCAUGUACCUCAUUAUUCUACUCCGCAACAAUCCAUCAAAUACACACUUCAUGCCAUCCUUUCUAUUGCAUAUUUUUACCAUACUAUAUAUUCAAGCACUUUCUUCUCUUUCCCAAGUACCCUUCUUCCUCUCAUUCAAUUUUUACUAUAUUCAAGCACUCCCUUCUCUUUCCCAAGUACCCUUCUUCCUCUCAUUCAAUUUUUUUCCGCCACAGUGUCUUGCCAAACACACCUUUCAGGUCUCCAUUUAUAUAUCUCAUUUCUAUACACCCGUCAAGUACGUAUCUUUUGUCUCUCAAACAAACCUUUUCUUCUCACUCUUCUCACUCACUCACUCACUCACUCACUCUCUUGUUCUUUCUUUCUUCCACAACAUCCCGUCAAACACAUCUUUAAAGUUCUAUUUUCUAUCACCUAUCUCUUAUAACCUCACUCAAGCAUGCUAUUUUACAAGUACCUAUUUUAAUUUCACUUACACCUCUCGAAAUACACUCCUUCCACAAAACCCCUUAAAACUACCUUCAGAUAUCCUCUCCAAGUCCUCUUUUUUAUCAGUCACUCUACGUACACUACCCUUUCAGGUACUUCCUUCUCCCAAGUGCACCUCUUGAGUACCCUCUUCUCCCAGCUUCACCUUGCCUAUAAUCACUACCUGAGUUGGGUGCGUCGAUAUUUUAUUUUAUUUAUUUAUUUUUUUGUAUCUAGCAUGUAGACACCUCGGUAUAAUAUAAAGUGUGUUUGUAUCAAGCAAACUGUUGUUAUUGUUGAUGUUGCUACUACUGCAGAUGUUGUUCAACAUGAUUUCCUGGUUUGUUGUAUUCGAUCCUACUGAAGUCACGUCUGGAUCUUUUUAUUUUUUUAUCGAUCAAAAAUGAGAAUUCAUUUACUUACGAAAAAAAAAAUAAAUAAAUAUUGUACUCAGACUCACGAAUGGCCGCACAAAGAAUACGAAAAAAAAAAUAAUAAGGGUGUUACACGCAAUUGAGAGAGAGAGAGAGAGAGAGAGAGAGAGAGAGAGAGAGAGAGAGAGAGAGAGAGAGAGAGAGAGAGAGAGUGUCGUAUUCCAAAACAGGACGUCUUGUCACACUUCUUGUCUCGUCUGGGUUUCGUUACUCUCUCUCUCUCUCUCUCUCUCUCUCUCUCUCUCUCUCUCUCUCUCUCUCUCUCUCUUUCUCUCUCAAACCUUGCCUUCCAUGUCAUCACCUCUACCAGACGACACCUAACUACACCUAUUCUAGUUUACAAGAUAUAGCUACCCGUCAUACUGAUCACUAAUGCUAUCAGUAGUAAUUGUCACUUACACUAUUUACACCAAACAAUUCCUUAAGCCCUUCACCUCCAGGGCAGGCACGGUGCCACACUCACACCAUAACAAUCGGGACAGCCACACUCUCCCACACUACUCUCACCACUUUAUAUUUACAUAAUAUUCCUCAUAUAUAAAGAAAGAGAGAAAAAAGAAAACACACACACACACACACACACACACACACAGUUUCGCAUUUUCGUCACUCGGCUUACACCAGUUACUUUUUUUUUUUUUUUCAGUAGCAUUAUCUCUUCUUUGUUAACCUUGGCAGAUAACAAAGAGGCGCCGUAGGAUAUUACAAAUCCGACAUUAGCUGACACGGCCAAGUUGGGGCAGUUGGAAGUACUUGUAGACAAGGCUGGCCAGCGGGCACUCUGCUGUUACCAUCAUAGCGGUGCUUCUGCCUCGCCUCACACAGAACUAUUCACCGCUGGGUCGAGGCGUCUUGUUUCGUGCAGGAGGCGGUGGAGGAGCAGCUAUAGCAUCUUGCAUACAGGUGAUGUGAGGCUGAUCGGCCUGAAUUGAUCUGGCUCAUGCGGCUUUGGGAUGGAGACAACGUUGGCAGUGUGGCGUGCAAUAGUGUCCGUCUGUGCGGAAUUGUACCUUGUGCUCCACACCCAUCGGUUAUCUUUGCUCAGACUCGUGUAUAAAAGGGUCAAUGGGGCAGAUAUCCCAACUAGAGUAAGCACGAUCAACAAUUAUCAUUAUGAGAAUAUAUAUGAGAGUAUAUAUGAGAGUAUAUAGACUCCCAGUAUAAACCAACCUUGUGCUUGUAUGGCUCUUUUUGAUUUGUUGAAGCUUGCAAUACAUGUUUGUAUAACUUCUACGUUGAGUUAGGUUAAGACGCUCCCAGUACUUCCUAGCACUGAAAAUACAGCUUUAUUUUAUUUUAUUU